AUGCCGGAGGAGAAGCCCCAUGGCGGCAGGGAAAAGAAGGAGGGACAUCGCACACACCACCACCGCAAGGGCCACAAGGAGAAGGCGGCGCCUCCCCAAGUGGCAGCGGCGGAGGAGGACGCGGAGGAGGACUGGGAUGCCAACCGGGAGCGCGUUGAGCGCCUCUGCCAGACCCCCCCAAACAGCACCUGCAAUGACUGCAACAACAACGGCACACGCUGGGCAUCUGUAAACCACGGCGUUUUUUUGUGCAUCCGCUGCUCCGGCAUUCACCGCUCACUCGGGGUGCACGUCUCAAAGAUUAAGUCAACGAACAUGGACAAAUGGCAUGCGGCGGAGGUUGCACUGAUGGAGGCUAUCGGUAAUCAAAAGGGCAAGUCGCUCUAUGAGGCACGUCUGCCGAAAGGCAUGAAGCCCAUGACUGGGGCCGAGCCGGAGUUGACGCUCAGGACAUUUAUUACGCAAAAGUAUCAGUACAAGGCGUUUGCGGUGGAAAAUGUGAACGAUGUGCUGCAUCAAUAUUAUAAACAGACGCGAUACGGGAGGAAACCGCGAAAAAAUGACGGCAAGGUCCACAGACACGGCAAGGAGCCAGAUACUGCGGUCAAGGGAGGGAGUGCAUCGCAGCGUGAGGAAACGAUGAAGGCACUGUACGGCGUCAACGCCGAGGCCAUAUCCAAAAAGUCAAAAAAGGUGAGGACUCUCCACGGCACCUUUGGGGUCGUCAAUGUCCCACCGGACGAGUAUGAAGAACGACGACGAGAACUUUUGGCACACUUUUGCAUACCGGAACCCUCACCCUCGCCCGCCGCCACUGACGCCGCCGCUGCUUGA